UGCCGCGCCGAGGAGAAACAAACGCAGCCUCGGGAGCGCUUCUGUUAGCCUUAUUAUAUUUUUCAGCCAAACAGCUAAUAAAAUAAUCCGUAGAUGCUUCUUUUUUAUAUUGAUGUGCUUAUUGAGGAUUUUACACAGGCAUGCAAACAGGCUGACAGCAUGAAGAAGAAGCAGAUUGUAAAGAGUAGUGAAGGUGGAGAUGCUGGAGAUGCUGGAGAUUAUAGGGUCGGUCAGGUGUCCAGCAGCCUGUUUCCAGAAAAACACAAAAGUGGAGCUUUAUCAUCUUUAUUCUCCUCCACAUCAUCUUCAAGUACUUUAGUCUUCGUUCCUGCACCGAAAAUUGAGCCUAAAGUCACACCAGCACCGUCGGAUAGCGCUGAGGUCAAAGGUCAGGAUCAGACUCAGAAACAGAAAAAGACUCCAAAGAAGAUUUCAGCAGCUGAAAAGAAGCUACAGGACAGAGAAAGUGCUUUACAGAAUGCAGAUGAUGAAGGACAAACAAGUGCAAAGAAAGUCAAACGCAAGCGUCCAUAUGUGACGGAUGAAGCGACAGAAGACGAGCGGCCCUUUAAAUACAGAAAGACAGUAAAAAACAUGGCGGAGGAGCGAAUCAAAAUGAAACGAACUGUGUUUGUGGGGAAUCUGCCUCCCAACUGCACAAAGAAGAAUCUUUUGACUCUGUUCAAGCAGUCUGGAGCCGUCGAGUCGGUCCGAUUCCGUUCAGUGGUGCGAGACGACCCGACCAUAUCCCGAAAAGUGGCAGCAAUCCAGAGAAAAGUUCAUCCCAAAAAACAGAAUAUUAAUGCUUACAUCAUCUUCAAAGAAGAAGCAGCAGCAGCUGGCGCUCUGAAAUGGAAUGGGAAGGAGAUUGAGCCAGGUUUUCAUAUCCGAGUGGAUCGUGUCUCUAAGCACAGUGGACAGCAUGAUCAUAAAAGGUCCAUAUUUGUGGGAAAUUUGCCAUAUGAUAUAACGGAGCUUCCGUUACGUGAACACUUCGAGGAGUGUGGGACAGUGGAGGCCGUGCGUUUGGUGCGAGACAGAGAUUCUGGGAUGGGGAAGGGCUUCGGCUACAUCCUGUUUGAGAGCCCGGAUUCAGUGAUGUUGGCACUGAAACUCGACGGCUCCAAAUUACUAGAGCGAAAGAUCAGGGUGAAACGAUCUGUGAAGAAGGAAAAAGAAAAGAAAACUCCUCCAGGUCGAUCUUCAGGAUUCAAAGGGCCGAAGCAAGAAUUCAGAAAUAAGACAAAAGGAAAGAACUUUAGGACAAAUCCUGGCAAGAAACAAACGCAAGCUUCAUCGUUCAAAGGAGAGACGGCAGAUCCUGCUGCCAAAAGUGGCAAAGGACUGAAAAAGAAAUUUAAAAACAAGAAAAAGAAACUAAAUGUUCAUAUUUAAUGCUUGUGCGUAUAUUUUAACGAGUUUGGUAUUUUUAUGUCACAAGUAAAAAUGUGGUUAAACACUGA